AUGACGGAGCUGCGAUCAUGGUGGAGCGGCUCGCCAGAGCCAGACACCCUGGAACCGCCGGCCUCGUUCGACACCAAACCUCUGAAGGACGGCGAUCUGUCGGGACCAGAAACCGAGCACCCCCUCACACGGCGCAUUCACAUCCUAGGUCUGGGGAGCAUAGGGACUUUCGUGGCGCAUUCUCUCCGCUGCCUCCCGAACCCGCCUCCGAUCACGUUGAUGAUUCACAAACGCCAGCAGUAUGAAGAGUUCAAGAGAACAGGCAGAGUGAUCUCUUUGAUCAACAAGGAAAGUGAGAUCAAUGAUGAGCAGCGAGGCUUCGAUGUCGAUUUGUUCGAGGGCACGACUGCGGAGAGGACGGGCCAAUGGAAAUAUAUCCCCGACCAGGAAUGGAUGAAAGAAGUAUCCAAUCCAGUCGAGGAGGGAGAGAUGCUGCCAUCGGGGGAGCUCUACAUCUACUGUCUGAUAGUAGCAGUGAAGGGGCAUGCCACCGUCUCGGCGCUUCAAUCGGUCAAGCACCGUGUGGAUGCGAGAACAACCAUCUGCUUUAUGCAGAAUGGUCUCGGACAGAUUGACGAGCUCAAUCGAGAAGUAUUUACCGACCCUCGAACUCGCCCGACCUAUCUUCAGGGGGUGGUGUCUCACGGAGUCUACAUGACCGAUCCCACAACGGUGGUCUAUGCUGGACUGGGGACGGUGGCGUUGGGUAUUUGUCGAGAUGGCGACCGAUAUCCCUUGCCUCCCAAGACUUGGAACCACAACAUCUCAGAGCUGAGCGAGGAGGAACGCCGCAAAUUCCAUCCCACCGAUAAAGAACUUUUUGCCAACCUUUCUUCUCGAUAUCUGCUGCGCACCUUGACCAGAUCGCCGGUGCUGGCUUGUGCGGCAUUCCCAUAUCUGGACCUGCUGCAAUUGCAGUUGGAAAAACUGGCUCUCAACUGUGUCUUGAAUCCGUUGACCGCGCUGCUGGACGUGCCCAAUGGGACACUCUUGUAUAACAAUGAACUGGCGACGGUGGAGAGAAUGUUGCUCGCCGAGAUCUCUCUGGUGAUUCGCGGCCUGCCUGAACUUGAAGGCAUCCCCAAUGUUCGAGGGCGGUUUUCGGCCAAGAGAUUGGAGCAACUGUGCCACGCCAUUACACAGCGGACGGCGAAGAAUUCCAGCAGCAUGCGCGAAGAUAUGCGGAAUGGCAAAAAACCGGAGCUCGACUACAUCAACGGAUACAUUAUAAGACGGGGCGAGGAACAAGGGGUCAAAUGUGCACUGAAUUUCAUGCUGAUGCAGCUGGUCAAGGGGAAGCACCUGUUCACCAAACCGGGGGAUGCAGUGCCUUACGCCACCAAACGGAUUAGAAUCCAGAGCGAUGAUGCAGACCAGCCAGGAACUGUCACGCUUAGCGAUGAAAGCACUCCGCCUCGAGGAAGUCUUUAG